AUGGGAAAUCGCAUCCAUGGUCUCAAGAAUGAAAUUUUGAUUCUCGAUACUCCACUUCCGAAUCUUCUAGCUGAAUUACAACAAUCCAGAAGCAGUGGUCUAAGGAUUCCUGUCACUGUGCCAGAUGACGUGUUUGCUUUACGUCUUUUCGGCCGCCGCACCUUCCGACCCGAUUUCGGGAUUUUGCCCACUUUCAGCGUCGGCGACUUUAUUCCGACGGACAUCAAACUCCGAAAUUCAAGAGACCGCAUGGCAUUGAACAAUGAGUCCGACAGACGAGAGCACCGAGUUUCCACGGAAGAGGCAAAAGACAUUAUCCUGCCAAAGAUGCCGCUCUAG